CAAAGGCAGUGGCCAGAAAAUAAUCAGAUGAUUUUCAGGCACUAUCUAUAUCAGAAAUGGCGGCCCUAGUCCAAGGAAUUCGGAACAGUUUAACCAGAAAUUACUCUGUUUUUACUGGAACCUUCGCCAAAUCUGCGGUUGUUGGUGUCCAGACAUGUAAUCGUUACGUGAAAAACACUCCUCAGAAAACAUUCAUUCCAAUUAAUAGAUUAUCAGAAAAUAGGAGGUGGAGUACCACUGCCUCUAAAAAACUUAAACUUGAAGAAAUUGAAGCUCGGGUUCUCAAUGUCAUCAAAGCUUACGACAAAGUUACGGCAGACAAGCUAACCCUUGAAUCGCAUUUUAUCAAUGAUCUUGGUUUGGAUUCAUUGGACCAUGUUGAAGUAAUUAUGGCCAUGGAGGAUGAAUUUGGUUUUGAAAUCCCUGACGUGGAUGCUGAGAAAUUGCUAAGGCCAGCUGAUAUAGUCCGUUAUGUUGGAGACAGGAAUGACAUUUAUGAAUAAACAAAAAUUUAUUAAAAUGUAGAAAAGUUAAUUAAAUGUUAUUUUAUCUUUUGAUGAGAUAAAUAACUAAUUUUCCUUGUAAAUAUAGCUAUUAAAACUUCUGGUUUUUCUUCUCUUUUUUUUUUCUUUUGUAAAUAAAAUGCCACAGUGAUGGUCAUCUAAAUAAAUCUAAAAACUGUUGGAAUAUAUAUAUAUUUAAUUUUUCCUCAAACA